GACAACAAUUGACAAUAAAAACUUGGAAUUCUUGGAAAAUACACACAAUUUUGUUGAAACUCCUCUCUUCUUGGUUCUUUGUCAUUAUUUUCUAGUUUAAAAUUUUGGAUUGCGAAAUUCAGCUCGUUCAAUUUGUUUUUAGCCGGCAAGUUGUGUAUUUUAUUUAUUUCAUUUAAAACUACAAUGAUGUGUUUUCCUCAAAAUGUGUAACGAAACUUGUGCGAACUUUAUCUCCAGAUGGAAAUUAUGGAUAAGGCCUUUAUUUAUAGCCACUUAUGCAUUAGCGGCUUUAGUUUUUGUUCCCCUUUUUCUUGUAAAAUCUCUUGAAGAUGGUUUUAAUCGACACGACCAAGAAGUUUUAAUAGGAGGAAUAUUUGUUGGUGUUGCAAUACCAAUUUCACUUUGGGAAAUAAUUCAACAUGUGAUACAUUAUAAUCAACCCAAACUCCAAAAACAUAUUAUCAGGAUUUUAUGGAUGGUUCCCAUUUAUGCUGGUAAUGCUUGGUUAGGCCUCACAUACCCAAAAGCUUCAGUGUAUGUUGAUAGUGUAAGAGAAUGUUACGAAGCAUAUGUGAUAUAUAAUUUUAUGAAAUUCUUACUUAAUUAUUUAAACAACGAAAUGGAUUUGGAAGCUAAUUUAGAAUUAAAACCACAAGUAAAGCAUUUUUUUCCAUUAUGUUGUUUGCCAGAUUGGGAAAUGGGAAGGGAGUUUGUCCAUAUUUGUAAGCAUGGAAUUCUUCAAUAUACAGUGAUCAGGCCACUAACUACAGUUAUAUCAUUUAUAUGCAAAGUUUUUGAUGUAUAUGGUGAUGGACAGUUUAAGGGCAAUGUAGCAUUUCCCUAUUUGAUAACUGUAAACAAUAUAUCUCAAUUUAUUGCAAUGUAUUGUUUAGUUAUGUUUUAUAAAGCCAGCUUAGCUGAACUUCAACCAAUGAAGCCACUACCAAAAUUUCUAUGUAUAAAAGCAGUAGUAUUCUUUUCAUUUUUCCAAGGAGUUGUUAUUGCAUUCCUUGUUUACACUGGUGCUAUUAGUUCAUCAGAACCAGAUGCAGAUGGAUUGUCUUUAUCCACUAGACUUCAAGAUUUUCUCAUCUGCAUUGAGAUGUGUUUGGCCGCUAUAGCACAUCAUUACAGUUUUUCAUUCCAACCAUACGUAAGGCCAGGCACUAGACAACAAUCAUGUUGCAGUGCGUUUUUGGCAAUGUGGGAUAUAUCAGACGUGCACAGAGACAUUCAGGAACAUAUUGGUAUAGUUCGUUCCUCCAUCAGUCGCCGAAUUAGGGGAAGGAGUAUGUACAGCAUACCUAGAGGAACCGACGAAUUCUCCAACUUGGUAUCGCCCAGAGGAGGACAGAGUGUUCCGGCAAGUUUUUAUCAAAGCGAAUACGACGACUUUGUAGUGAACUAUGGUACCGUCACUUCUAGUCAGCCUGUUCAGAUACAUAACACGGACCCAGGUCCAAAACCGAUUUGAGACUAUAUCACGUAAUUUUUUACAUUUAUGUUUAUAUAUUAUACCAUGUAUUAAGUUAAAUAUUA